UUACGGGUUGGUUGCCACGGAGAGCGGCAGAUCUGCUCCCAGUGGGGACCAUUGUGAGGUCCUGGAACUACGUGUUCACGCUUUUGCCGACGAAGUUCCCCGCGUGCCGCGUCGGCUGCGUCUACCUCGUCGCGACGUGGUGGAGUGCGGUGGAGGUGGCCAUGGGGCUCGGUGACCGGCGACUUUGUCCUUGUCGCUGCGCAGGAUGUUGGGUGGUGUGGGGCCUUUGGGCAAAAGCCUAACUUGGAUCUACCGAAUGCUGGUGAUGAUGACGCUCUUAGGUGUCGUUAUCCUUUCUAAAGGUGUCGCUACGAGAUCCCUGUCUCCCCCACCCCGAGAGGAUCCUCCGAGUGAAAACUCUAACCUCUUUUGAGGUUGGGCAAUGGCAGUGUCUUUGAGCCAUGUCCUCUAUAGAGGGAUUGCCUUGGAGCUCCCUGCCCUGCGCUGGCUGGGACUAAUGUUGAGAUUGAUGGUGAUGAGAUUUAGGCCUGGGGUGAUGACGAGGCUUCUGCUUCCUUGGAGCUACGCUUCAUGCGCAAAUGGCUGACAGACUUGGGUUGUUCGUGUUGGUGUAGAGUCGGAGCUGAUACAUUGUUAGGGUGGGAUGAAGCUUGGCAAUGAUGGCGCGUAAUACGCUCUUUCUUGAGACUAUUUUGGUGGUAGCUGUGUGCGUGGGUGCAAUGAUAAUGAGGCAUAGGCUGAGGUUCGUCGUGAGAAGUCGGAGUUGCUGUGUCGCUAUUGCGAUGAGCUUGCAACGAUAACUUGUGUUGAGCUCUGACAUCUAUAGGUUGUUAGUGAGUAGUGUGACGUGAGUCUUGACCGUGUGUUUGUAAGAUUUUUAGAUCCGAUUUACUUUAUAAAUUGGGUCAACUUUUCUUCUAUAGUGAAUUGUAGGAACUCCCUAACUUAAAGAAGAUUACUAACCACGAUAUGAUAUUUUGUGAUAAGCCCUCUAAUUUGGAUCGUGAUUAUUUAUAGUGAUCUAGUAUUUUUUUGGAGAUACCCCUAUUUUGGAUCACGAUUAUUAAUCGUAAUUCAAUAUUUUGCAAAAAGACCCCUGAUAAUUUUAGUAAGCCUUCUUCUUUAUAUGAAUGCCUCAUUUCGCUUCUUGUUCUCCCGUCCGAGGAUUCACCAGCGCCAACGACCGUUGCCCUUUCCGUUCAACUAGGGGCGAAGCUAGAUAGAGAUAUCCUGGUGUACUGGCAUAAGGGUAAAUCAAAAUUUUAAUAGUAGUUAUCUUAUUUUGACCAUAUGUGAAUCAUGAUAAAUUGGGCUUUGUGAUUAAUAUUUAGUUUGGAUUGUAUAUUUGACACUAUCACAAUUUAAAUUCUAGCUUCACCCCUGCGACCAACCCAUCCGUCAUCUCCCAGCCUCAAACCCUAGAACCAUAUUUUCCCUCUUCCGGUCCAAGGAGAUAAUCUUGGAUGCUAUGGAUGCCGCGGUUGGAGCUCUCCGGCAGCAUCAUGGACUGGAUCAGCUUCUCCGUGCCCGAGAUGAGUUACACAGGCAAACCAGAAAAUGGAGAGAAAUUUAGUGGCUUUGAGCUUUCGCUCUUCUGCAACUUAGAGGCAGCAAUUGGAUGAGAAGCAGACGCAACAGAGCUGAGCAUGACAACCUCGUCCUCGCAUGAUUGUAUCUGAUGCCGAUGACGGCCUGCCGCUAUUGUUGACGGCCGUGGCGGCGUACUCGAUAUGGAAGGCACUCCCGUCCGGUGAUAAGGUCGUCACCGACCAAUCCUACCCUGUCCCGAUUGUUAAAUUCUUGCGAAAUAGUAGUAUCUUUUGAUAUUCCUGCCUAAGGAAUUUUUUUGGCUAUAUAUACAUUUUACCGGGUCUAACGAUAAACCCUAAGUAGAAUUUUUUUAUCAUAUUUACUGAUAUUUUAUUUAAAUUUUAUUUGGUAUAUCCGAUAAAUUAUAUUUACCGAUUACUUCCGAUAAAUUUUGUUUACCAAACUGGGUGUAAUUGAUUGGAAUGGCCCUGAACCGUGGCUUCACUGAGCAUUGCAGGUGGAGCAGCUGUUCAAGUUCUUCAACCUGUGCGGGUCGCCGCCGGACGACUACCGGCGGAAGAUGAAGCUCUCCGUGUCGUUCCGCCCUCCCAAGGCGUACAAGCCCUCCAUGCCGGAGAAGUUCCGCGAGCUGCCUCCGUCGUCGCUGGGCCUCCUCGCCACGCUCCUCGCGCUCGAGCCCGCCGGUCGAGGCACUGCCGCCCAGGCCCUGCAGAGCAACUUCUUCAGCACCCCGCCGCUGCCGUGCGACCUCCCGUCGCUGCCCGUCGUGUACGAGGAGGAGGUCGCGGAUCCCACUUCUUCGGGGAAGCCUAAACUGAGACAACGCUCUAAGAAACGGAGGGACGGCAAGCAGAUAGCCGAUGAGCAGCAGUCAGAUGAAGCACCGAAGAUCGACGGCGGUUCUCCUGACAAAAAAAGUGCAGCAGCCAGGGGCAAACAGCAACCACACAGGCAGUGACAACGAUCACGAGGACCACCGGCCUCUUCUAGCUCCGGACGGCGAGCCAUCGGCCAGCAGCGGUGUUGUUAGCGGCGGCAUGGAGAGCAGAUCACCGGCUUCCAUGACGGACUUCGACGCGGCUGCCGCGGCGCAACGUGGAUCAGGAGAACUCCCCUCCAAGCAGUACGUUCUUGUGGAUCAUGUGUAGGCCGCGGCUGUUGAUUAGAGAGUGAAAGGUAGCGGAAAUUGUUUGGAUUCUGAAUACCUUUUGCGGUUGAUGUAACCAAAGACUGCUGUUCUUACAAUUGAGCAUCCUCUGAAUUGUAGAGACUGAUGCUUUGUAUGUAUGAAUAAUCAUCUCUUCAGAAAAGAAGAAUCAUUAGUUUUAUUCAA